AUGCUGCUGGGCGCCGGGCUGUGCGCGGCCCUGCUGCUCGGCGGCGGCGCCGGGCACGACGACGAGUGGAUCGACCCCACGGAUAUGCUCAACUACGAUGCGGCCUCGGGAACCAUGAGGAGGCCUUACAAGGUCAACUAUCGUGACUCUGAGGAUAAGACUUUGGAUGCAGUUAGCGUGGAGAACUUAGCAAGUUGCUCCAGGGAGGUGGCUGCCUUACGACAAAAGGUCUGUGAAUGUGAGAAGAGGAGCACUGUGUCACAUGAAAGCCGUAGCUUCUAUAUUUUUAAGCGAUACUUGAAUAAGAUUUUAAAUGAGGCUGGAAAACUUGGUCUUCCUGAGGAGAACAUGGAUCGUGUGCAUUACGAUGCUGAGAUCAUCCUUACCAAGCAAACAUACGUGGAGAUCCUCAGGUUCCUCCAUGAGGAUACGUGGCAGUCAGGCGCUGUGGAUGAUGCUCUUAGUGACAUUCUGAUUAAUUUUAAGCACCAUGAUUAUAAAGCUUGGCAUUGGAGAUUUGAAGACACUUUCGGAAUUGAUCCAUAUAAUAUGCUUAUGAUCCUCUUGUGCUUACUGUGCGUUGUAAUUAUCAUAGCUACAGAGCUGUGGACACAUAUUCACUGGUUUACUCAGCUAAAACGUGUUUUAUUAAUCAGUUUUCUGAUCAGUUUUGCAUGGAAUUGGCUUUACUUGUAUAAGAUGGCCUUUGCACAACAUCAAGCAGAAAUUGCCAAAAUGGGGCAGUUUGAUAACGUCUGUGCUGAGAAGGUGGACUGGAGUGGAAGUCUCAUUGAAUGGCUCAGAAGCAAGUGGACAUUUCAGGAUGAUCCCUGCCAGAAGUACUAUGAAACCCUACUUGUGAAUCCUAUUUUGCUGGUUCCGCCGACAAAGGCCUUGGCUAUUACUUUCACGACGUUUGUAACGGAGCCUCUGAAACACGUCGGGCAAGGCAUGGGCGAGUUCAUCAAAGCGCUCAUGAAGGAGGUGCCCUUUCUCCUGCAGGUGCCCGUGCUCAUCAUGAUGGCUCUGGCGGUUCUGGGUUUCUGCUAUGGUGCAGGCUCUUCAGUGUCCAUGUUAAGAUACUUAACAUCCCCUCAGAGGCAGACGCUCCCUCCACCCAACAGCCAGCAGGACUCAGUAGACUUCAGGCGGUACCACGCGGGUGACUCGGACACCUCCCCUUUACGGGAGCCUCCUGCUGUGACCAGAGGGCCCUUUGACAGAGGCGAUGCCUGUGCCAGGCCUGGCAGCAGCAGCAGAAGCCCUGACCUCGCCCAUGCAAGCCACGAGCCGGACACGCAAGUACAGGAGUCCCACAGACUAGAACCCAGUACUAGAUUGCACACUGAGUCUGACGUUUGUAGACUAGCAACUCUCACAGCGGAAUGUCUUCCUGAAGAGCCUGCACCUGAGCAGCACAAACAGCAGCUGGGCAAAGCAGAGCAAGGGGCUGGAGAAAACUACACACCUAAUAAAAAGCUGGAAGAAGAAAGUCCUACAAUGGGAGCACUGGAACACAAGAAAGAGAACGGGGUGUCGUGUGAAUCACAGGAAAGAGACUGA